AUUCCUAUAAAUAGAUCAUCCCAAUAACCCCCAAAACAACCAAUCAACACUCAUUUUUACAAACAAUAUAAUAUAAUCAUCAAUUAAUAUGGGUAGCUCAGCAAGUAUGAAGCUAAGUUAUGCAAUUCUGAUAGCCAUGCUGAUGGCUGCACCACAUGCAGAGGCAGCCAUAUCCUGUGGCGUGGUAUCUAGCAAGCUAAUUGGAUGCAUUGGAUACCUGAUGGGAGGUCGAGGCCCCUCACGGGGUUGCUGUGGUGGGAUUCGAUCUUUACAGCGUUUAGCAAGAACCCCGGGUGCUCGUCGACUGGCAUGUAGGUGCCUCACAACUGCUUCUCGAGGCAUUAGAGGACUCAAUUUUAGGAAGGCUGCUACUCUCCCUCGUCGUUGUGGCGUUCGUAUUCCUUAUGCCAUUAGCCCCCAUACCAAUUGCAAUGCGGUCCAUUAGAUAUAUAUGGACUAUGGAGCUCGACUGGAUCUUUGGCGACUCAAUUCCUUUAAUUGCUUACCUACAUAAUCCAUGCACCUAUUUACCUUUAACUAUGGGUUAUAAUUAUGCAACUAUAUAUCAUGCAUUUCCAAUGAUUUAUUUUCACUUAUAGAUUAUUUUAUGUAUGCUAUUUGAUGGACCUUAGCUUCAUGUGAGUUUUGGACUAAUAAAAAGGUAGUUUAUUAUUAUC